ACAAGAUCGAACUCACUCCUAGACUCCAGUCCUACGGCUUAAACUGUAAUUUGCCCUCAUCUCUGGUCUCCCCAUUAUCUCCCCUGCCCAUAGAGGUCCGAGUGUACAGCAAGGCUCAGACCUUUAUUGCCGAUCUUCUACGUAUUCGCUUCCACGGACCCGUAAAGAGUCCCUGACGUAGAAACGCCGCCAGCUGUCUCUCUCCCGCUCUCACCCCUGAGGCACUCUGUCGAAUACACGACCGAAGCUCCAGAACCUUUACAAUUUCUUUCCCCUUUAUUUGUCGUUUCGGUUCAACGAGGCGUUCGGGCCAUGGACGUUGAUCCCCGCCACUACGAACAUGUUGCUAUCAACGACAAUGACAUCCGCAAUGUUGUUCUAUCAUAUCUUGUCCAUAAUUGUUUCAAUGAAACUGUGGAGUCAUUCAUCACUAGCACGGGGAUGAAGCAGCCUGCUGAUUAUCUCGAGGGAAUGGAGAAAAGAAAAAGAAUUUUUCAUUUUGCCCUGGAGGGAAAUGCACUUAAGGCCAUUGAGCUGACAAAUCAGCUGGCAACCGACUUGCUGGAGAAAAAGGAGGACUUGCAUUUUGAUCUAUUAAGCAUUCAUUUUGGUGAACUUGUACGCUCUAGAAAAUGCACAGAAGCUUUGGAGUUUGCCAUGUCCAAGUUGACCCCUUUUGGGAAGGUGCAAAAAUACAUUGAGAAACUUGAAGACUUUAUGGCGCUGCUAGCUUAUGAAGAGCCAGAUAAAUCCCCAAUGUUUCAUCUGCUUAGCUUAGACUACAGGCAGCAAGUCGCAGAUAGCUUGAAUCGGGCAAUUCUUGCACAUAUGAACCUCCCCAGCUACACAGCAAUGGAAAGGCUGAUACAACAGACAACAGUCGUCAGACAAUGCUUAAGUCAGGAGCUUGGCAAGGUAACCUGCCGUUCAUGAAUUUCUGAAGCUCCAUAUUUCAGCUAAUUGCGGGCCACAUGGAUGGGCUUCCACCAUUUUCCUUGAAGGAUUUCCUCAAAAGCUGAAUGGACGAGCGUUUGAAGCAUUGCUGGCAAUGGGUAAUCGCUUAUUCAGCUUGAGUUUUUGGAUUUGGUGUAAGGUUUGCUGAUGGGUAAAAAAGUCUUCACCGCUUGCUCUUCUGUGAAGACGGUGAGUGGGCUGUCUCGUGUAUGCGUUCUCCUGCUUUUAGUGAGGCAUGACCCUCAUCCUGAGUACCCAUUAUGAAAACCAUGAUUGCCUUCAACUUCGAGCGAAUUGGUCUGUCUUCUCUAUUUAUAUUGUUGAUCCACGUUUGUGCGAUGCACAUGCUACCUUGCAUAUAUUCAGACGUUAGGGAAUUCCGAUUAUCUUGUAAUGUUAUAUACGUUAAGCAUUUCCGCCUAUAUCAGUUACUUGGCUUAAUGCGAGGUUUUAAUUUGCGACGCAUUAUGAACGUAUGGGUGAUGAAGCACAAUUGAUAAGUUUCGCCUUUCCA